AUGGCUCACAACAAUGCCUGCAAGAAGCAAAUGAAAGAUAAAUUUAAAUCACUUGAUUAUUUCGGUUAGACAGUUACUUUUACAUAUGACGGAGCUGAUUAGUUUAAGACCACUUUUGGUGCCUCAGUAUCCCUUGUUCUUAUUCUUAUUCUGAUGCUUUUCGGAGUCUACAAGUUUGUUUACCUAGUUAAUAGAUGGAAUCCGAAUGUAAUCAAGACUAGUUUUCUUAGAGAUUUAAAAGAAGAACCAGCUUUCAGACCUCAAGAUCUUGGGUUUGAUUUUGCUUUUGGAAUUGGAGAAGAAAUACCAGCAAAUAUUGGAAAGUUUUCUGUCAAAUAAAUAGAAUUUGAAUUUUAAAAAUAGAAUGAUGGUCAAUUGAAAAGAAUUAAGAAACCUUCUGAAGAAAUUGAAUUAACAUCAUGUGGCACUGAACUCUUUAGAUAUGAGGACAAGCAAGAGAUAAUUGACCUUGAGAUAGACUAAAUGAAAUGCCUUAAAACUAAUGAUUAUGAAUUAAAGGGCAACUACUAUGCAUAAGAAUAUAAAUAUCUUGAGCUUAAACUAUGGAAAUGUGGUCCUAAAUUAGAUCCUACUCUAAAGUGUGCUAACGAGACUGUAAUAAAGAAAUACUUUUCAGACAAAACAUUCAGCUUUGCAUUCAUUAAUACUCAGUUUGUACUAGAUAGUUAUGAUCCAAAAGAAAGACUUCAAUAUUUUAUAGAUGACUCAUUGCUUUUUGAAGUGGAGUCCCAAAGAGUGAAAAAAGCUAAUUUUUAUGUGUAGAAAUCUGAAGGAGAGCUCGAAGAUUCACUUUUAUAAUUUGGACAAUCAGAACUCAUUGAAUUCCACUAGGUUACAAAUUUUAAAUCCUACGACGAUGAAUAUACUGAUGCUGAUGGGUACAUGAUUGCAAUUUAUAAAAGGUUUGAAAGAACCUAUGAUAAUUAUGAAAGGAAAGUUUAUGGAUUUCUAGAAUUUUUGGGUGAUGUUGGAGUUCUUCAAGGUCACUUAUAUCAAUAGGUAUGUUUUUUGUCGGAUUUGUGGCAUAGCGUCAGAAAAUAUGAGAACUUUGAAAAUCAAGGUAAUCUAAAGCAAGUGAUCAAAGUAGCAAACCUCACAAGAGAUUAAAUUCAUAUACUGGAUUAACUAAUCAUCGUUCGUAAAUCUACCCAAGUAAUGGGCCUGUUCCUACUCGAUUAGAUGACAUUACUGAUGAAUUCAAAGGAGUAACUAACAUCAAAGAAAAAGAACAAUCUUUGCAUUGAGAAAGAAUUCAAAUUUAAAGAUAAAAUUGAAUAAAAAGAUAUUGGAAAUGUCCUUUUCGCCUUCUUGAAUAGAGGUAGAUUCUCUUAUACAAUAUAAGAUAUAAUUCAUUACAUCUUGAAAUGUAUGUGCUUCAGAAAUAUUGAGGAAAACAGAAGAAAAAAACUUUACAAAAGGCACUUUUUAUUUGAUAAAGCGCAGGAAAAAUUUGGAUAGGAACUAGAUGCAAUAAGAAUAGUUAAAACUCUGAGGAAAUUCAAGAUGCUUGCUUAGGCAUUACUCUCUCAAAAACAUAGACUUGUUCUAAAAUUCUAGAGGCAGAACUUAAUUGAGACUAGUUCCUCUUCUUCAGACUCUGACAAUAAUAAUUAUGAUACAGUAAGACUGAUGGAAAAUACCAAUCCUUUGAUUAGACUUGUGAUGUUCGGUAAACUUAAAAAAAUGAUGACUGGAUUUAGUGGCAAACAACUAGAGCCUUUAGAACGAAACAUGAUGAGAGGAAUGUUCAUCAGAAAGCUUAAAGAUUUCGCUGAAGAUGCUAGAAAUCUGACAGAAAAUUAGACUCUACUUGAAAGACUCAAGGGGGAUAUGGGAUUACCCACAAAAUAAAACUCAGAAAUAGAUCACUCUAUUGUGAAUGUAAGUCAGGGCCUUGUAGUUUAGAAAAGUAAAAAAUUCCAAGAUGAACCUGAUUUGAUUGAAGAUAUAAUAUAAGGCAGAGAAUUACUGCAAUAAAAUCAGGAAUUAGAGGAUAAUAAUGGUAUUGAUGAUUGGAAAACUUGA